AUGGCGACAACGUCUGGGGGACCCAACAUCGGGGCUCCCGCGUCCAGCCAGAGUCCACACACCACCACAGCACAGCGGAAAAAAGACGGGAGUCCGUCCGCGAGGUACUGGGAGAGCCCCGACUCCCUGGCUCAGCUCGAGACGGUGCGACAGUGGAUCGGGAAGCACUACAAAAAGGUGCGUGAGCUAACACUAGCGUAGCGGCUAACUAUUUACAUUGGUAACUAUGGGCUAGUUAGCAUAGCGGCUAACUAUUGUUGACUAGAUGAAAACUGCUAGCUAGCUAGCUUAGCAGUCUCUCGCUACUUAACUAGCUAACUACAGUACAUUAUUAAAUACAUUUGCUGUAUGCCUUAGCUAGCUAGUUAUCCAGCUGCCCGAGGUUGGAAGCUACUACUAGCUAACUAGCUAGGUAGUAAGAUUGCAAGCUAGUAAGCUAGUAGCUAGCUAGCUAACUGCGUUACAAUAGCAGAGUUGGGAUCAAUUUAAAUUCGGAGUAAACCAAAUUCCAAUUCCAGUGUACUUCCUGAAUUGACCCCAACCCUGUACAAUAGCAACUGUUUAUAAUCUGCAAACAGUAACAUUGUAACUAGCUUGCUAGGUAACUACUUAUGUAUGUUUCCAGCUGCUAAGGCUGCUACCUUCUGCUCCGUUAUAACACUAUAUAGCUAGUUUUGUGCUCCGUAUUUCCUAGAGUAGUGACUGCUGUGGACUGUAUGAUGUAGCAAGAUGCUCAAGCUAUACCAGAUGUUCUACUGUUAGGUAUGUCCUUCUGGAUUACUGAUUGUGUGUGUGUGUGUGCGCGAAGUAUGUGCAGGCAGACUCUCCAUCCUGUCAGGCACUAGCCUCCCUCACCCUUCAGCUGCUUCAGUUCCAGGAGGAAGUCUUCGGCAGACGGGCUGAAAAUCCCACACUCACCAAACUACCUGUGAGUACACACACCAGGGUUUCAGUAAGGACAAGUGACCGGGAAGAUUAUAAUUUAUCAGACAUAUGCAUUGGGUGUUCGUGGAAAUUACCACCAGGGACACCUGAAGUCAAUCUUAAAUGAAUCAUUCUUUAUUAUCAGCAAGCUGGAGAGGUCACAGUCAAACUUAGAUGCAUAAAGUACCGGUCUGAAGUGAACUCCCUCGGGGCAGUCCCGUUAGAUCUCUUAUAUACUGCUUAAACAGAAAAGUUACAUAGGCAUGGAAAAUAGGAUUGGUUCCUGCAUGUGUCUGACUCCGUCUCCUAUCUUAACUUGUAUCUCCCGAGUGGCACACUGGUCUAAGGCACACAUUGCAGUGCUAGCUGUGCCACUAGAGAUCCUGGUUCGAAUCCAGGCUCUGUCGUAGCCGGCCGCAACCGGGAGACCCAUGGGGCGGCGCACAAUUGGCCCAGUGUCAUCCAGGGUAGGGUAGGGAAUGGCCGGCAGGGAUGUAGCUCAGUUGGUAGAGCAUGGCGUUUGCAACGCCAGGGUUGUGGGUUCGAUUCCCAUGGGGGGCUAGUAUGAAAAAUAAUAAAAUAAUGUAUGCACUCACUAAGUCGCUCUGGAUAAGAGCGUCUGCUAAAUGACUAAAAUGUAAAUGUAAACAUUUUCUGGGCGUUCUGCCAGAUCAUGUCUCCCCCCUCAUAUAUUUACCAAGCACAAGACAAGAUGAAAAUUUUCAAGGCUGUCUCUUCACACAAUAAAAUCCAUCACACUAACCCAUUAGAGCGUCCACCCACGCAGCCAGCGCCAUCAAUAAACAAGGGAAAUUGGCCAAAUGAGCCACAUUUACGUGUCCUUAAAAACAGCCUAUAAUAUAACAAAUAAAACAAUUAUUCCUUGUGUUUCGAUGUGUAGCAUAUGCAAAACGUUAUAGCCUAUUGGUUUUUGCUUUGCUAAAACAAUUUUCCACCUCACGGUUCAGCUGUCAGAGAUUUGAGACCUAAAUGCAUCAGGGAAUUGAAUGCAUAGGCCUAUAGGCUUAGGUGUCCACUGUCUCUUUAUUUUAUCUUUAUUAUUUAUUUAAAAAAUAAAUAUAAAGUAAGAGAAGCUUAGGCCUAGCCCCAGAGAGAGAGAUAUACCAGUGACAUGCUACGACACCAAAAUGCAGUUCUUUCUCCUUGUCAGAUAAGCCACUGCGUCUGCUAUACAGAUAUAGGCGUACAGAAGGAGGCUAAUUCAUAUUUUUUUAAGUCCGAAUUUUAAAAAUAAAGAGAAUCAUUAUAUUGUUAGAUUAUAGGACUAACUCUGGUAGGCCUAAAACAUUCUUCCUAACCUCAAGUUCAACUGUCGGAGUCAGUUGGAGCGCCGGUGCGCACAGCCUUCAUAUUAUAGGCCUGCAGUAUAAUAGGCUAAUAGCCACACCACACCACACCAAGCCUUCACAAAAGAUUCCAAACUUUAUUAGGGUAAUAUCAAAAGUAAGUCAAGCCAUUGCUUAUAGGGAAAAUACGAGCAGGAUAUUAUAUUGCGGCAAACACAACAUUACAGUUGGAACAGAAUGAAACAAAACACUUACGAACUGGUUUAAAACUUCACAAAAGUUUUGAACAGGCUACAGUAUAUUGCAGCAGUUACCAAGAAAGGCAAGUGCCUACCGUACACAACAAAUGACAGCAAUAGGCUAAUGAUAUUUAUUUUACAACAGGCCUACUUGUAACCCAUCUUAAACUAAAUACGGAGAACACAAUUAAAAAGACAGAUGGACUUAAUUUAGCCAGUGACAAUGUCUCAACAGAAUUAAACAAAACACUUUUAGCAUAUUUUAAAGAACUGGUUUAGAAUAAUAAAUAGGCAUACAGGAAUAACAAUGAUAUGCAAUAACAAUAAUGAUAAAACAAAUUAUUAUCAAUACGAAAAUAAAAAAAUUAAGUUCAAAAAUUGCAUCCUACCUGAUUAGCAAGUUGCACAGUAGCCUGCAUUUGGCUGUGCCAACGUUCUUCUCAUCUUAGUCCAAUACAAUAUUAACCCUUGUAGACUUUUCACUAUAGGCAUGCUCUCUAACUUUUGUUUGACUUCAAUGAAAAAGGGCUCCAUCUUCGCAAUAAACAGUAGCCCAAGGCUCCUCUCUCGCUCUCUCGUCAGCAGCAGGCGCAUGCAUGUAAGGCAGUGUGUAAGGCAGUGUGUAAGGCAGUGUGUAAGGCAGUGUGUAAGGCAGUGUGUAAGGCAGUGUGUAAGGCAGUGUGUAAGGCAGUGUGUAAGGCAGUGUGUAAGGAGUGAGAGAAUGGUGCUGAAGCGCGAAAUCGGGAUGUGUGAUAGGCAGCCCUGGACAAUUUGGCUGGCUACGAUUUUUAUUUAUCGUCUUUUAAUUUAUUUUAGCAGCCAAAAGCCUGCAAUUACCAGCUAGCGGAAACCAUGACACACACACACACUGUCAACCCACACUCACCAAACUACCCAUGUGUGUGUUGUGGUGCUGGUCUUGUGGGUGUGGGUUUCAAAUCAAAUGUUAUUUGUCACAUGCGCCAAAUACAACAGGUGUAGACCUUACUGUGAAAUGCUUACUUACAAGCCCUUAACCAACAAUGCAGUUUUAAGAAAAAUAAGAGUUCAAUGUAAAUAGUCCAGGUAGCCAUUUGAUUAGCUGUUAAGUAGUCUUAUGGCUUGUGGGUAGAAGCUGUUCAGAAGCCUUUUGGACCUAGACUUGGCGCUCUGGUACUGCUUGCCAUGCGGUAGCAGCGAGAACACUCUAUGACUAGGGUGGCUGGAGUCUUUGACAAUUUUGAGGGCCUUCCUCUGACACCGCCUGGUAUAGAGGUCCUGGAUGGCAGGAAGCUUGGCCCCAGUGAUGUACUGGGCCGUAUGCACUACCCUCUGUAGUGCCUUGCGGUCGGAGGCCAAGCAGUUGCCAUACCAGGCAGUGAUGCAACCAGUCAGGAUGCUCUCGAUGGUGCAGCUGUAGAACCUUUUGAGGAUCUUGAGGACCCAUGCCAAAUCUUUUCAGUCUCCUUAGGGGGAAUAGGUUUUGUUGUGCCCUCUUCACGACUGUCUUGAUGUGUUUGGACCAUGAUGUGGACACCAAGGAACUUGAAGCUCUCAACCUGCUCCACUACAGCCCCAUCAAUGAAAAUGGGAGCGUGCUCGGCUCUCCUUUUCCUGUAGUCCACGAUCAUCUCCUUUUGUCUUGAUCACGUUGAGGGAGAGGUUGUUGUACUGGCACCACACUUCCAGGUCUCUGACCUCCCUAUAGGCUGUCUCAUCGUUGUUGGUGAUCAGGCCUACCGCCAUUGUGUCGUCGGCAAUCAUGAGAUACUCUACCUCAGGCGAGCAAAACCUUGAGACUUCCUUGAUAUUUGAUUUCGCGCACCAGCUGUUAUUGACAAGUAGGCACAGACCGCCACCCCUUGUCUUACCGGAGGCAGCUGUUCUUUCUUGCCAAUGCUCGGAAAAACCAACCAACUGUAUAUUAUUCAUGUUGUCGUUCAGCCACGACUCGGGUAAACAUAAGAUAUUACAGUUUUGAAUGUCCCGUUGGUAGGAUAGUCUUGAAAGGAGCUCAUCCAGUUUAUUCUCCAAUGAUUGCACGUUGGCCAAUAGGACGGAUGGUAGAGGCGGGUUACCCACUCGCCGAAUAAUUCUCACAAGGCACCCGGACCUGCGUCUACCUGUGUCUGCGUCUUCUCUUCACGCGAAUGACGGGGAUUUGGGCCUUGUCGGGUAUCUGGAGUAAAUCCUUCGCGUCCGACUCGUUAAAGAAAAAAUAUUUGUCCAGUUCGUGUUGAGUAAUCGCUGUUCUGAUAUCCAGAAGCUCUUUUCAGUCAUAAGAGACGGUAGCAGAAACAUUAUGUACAAAAUAAGUUACAAAUAACGCGAAAAAACAAAUAGCACAAUUUGUUAGGAGCCCAUAAAACGGCAGCCAUCUUCUCCGGCGCCAUUAUUGGGAUUUUUGUGUGUGUGUGUGCUCCUCUCUAGUCUCAGUGCUUCCUGGACCUGCGCCCAGGAGGCGGGCUUUGCCACAUCCUUGGCUCCGCCUACAAGUUCAAGACUGAUCAGGGCUGGUGAGUGACAGAUCUUAUCCCCUAUCUCUUAUCUCCUAGCCCCUAUAUCCUACCUCAUAGCCACCAUCCCCUGUCUCCUAUCUCCUCCCUCUAACAGGGCUGGUGAGUGUUACCUUUGGCAACGUCCUGUUUCGGUCCCUGCUUGGUAACCUGCAUGGGUACUGUUCCUCAAAUGUGUGCAUAUGACACAGAAAGCACUUCACUGAGGCCCUCCACCCUUUUUUCCAUCUUCCCUCUCUUUCCCCUUUUCCCCCUUCUCUCUCCCCUGUUGUCCCUCUCUCCCUCCCCCAGGAGAAGGUUUGACCUACAGAACUCCUCUAGGACGGACCGGAACGUAGAGAUGUUUACUACUCUGGAGAAGACCCUGGUCCAGAAUAGCUGUCUGUCGAGGCCCGUGGUGUAUGUGGACCAGGAGGUGGAUCAGAACCUGAACAGCAGACUGGCUGACAUCAUCACCAAACACCAGGUGAGCGAGGAGGUGAUGGAGAGCGAGAAGGGAAGAUAGAUGGAGAGCAGGGGGAGGGAGGAAGAUUUAUGUAAUAUUGCCAUGGGUGCUGCUGUUUUCUCUCUUGGGCUGUUUUCUCUGUUGGGUAAUGUAGUUCUGUCUCAGCUGAUGGGUAAUGUAGUUCUGUCUCAGCUGAUUGGUAAUGUGUUUCUUUGUCUGUCUCAGGGUUCGUUGACUGAGGACAGAACCCAAGCCUCUCACCACAUCUACCCCUGUCCAGCCUUCACAGACCAAGGUCAGUGUGUGUGUGUGUGUGGGGUCAUCACAUAUAAUUGAAUAUUGUAACUAAUUUAAUAGGAUCUUUGUGGGUCAUAGCCUGUUGGCAGCUUUGACCCAAAUUCACAGUUUUAAGUAUUUUUGUGAGUUCUGUUCUGUUCUUAGUUUUUGACCGUUUUUUGUGUGUUCUCAUUUCCAGAUUGGGAGUGGGUGCGCCCUGUCAUGCGUAAGGACAACAAUGUGUUGGUGCACUGGGGCAGGCACCCUGACAGGUAACACACACACACACUAGGGUUGAAUGGUGGGAACCCGGUUACCGAGAUUUACCGGGAUAUACCGUCCAAAACCACUCCCUUUUCCCAGGUUAAAUAACUGCGAGAAACCGGUAAAUUAUAAUUAUUUAUAUGAACAGCAUGGCGUGAAAUGGAACUGUUAAAUUAUAUGUGAUGUCUAAAUCUGGCUUCUCUACGGCCUCUGCAUGAUGAAUCAUCAACUCUCAGGGUGGGGACAGACAGCCCAUCUCAGAAUGGGCAGCUGCAGAGUUCACUCGAAUAUUGUUGCUUUAAAACAGUGCACGCACGAGCACUCUCUCGCUGUCUUUCUCUCUCUCUCUCCAUCAACUCCAUUCAAAUUGCAUCCAAAAUAGAUAAUCCUGUUCUAGAUUGAUAUACAUAUAUAUAGCCCCAUAUAUAGAUGUCCUAGUCUACCUCUUUCAGGUAAUACAUUCUAUGCAGUAUUAGCCUUAUAUUUAGCUAAUUAAUGAUUGGUUAUGCCCACAAAUGGCUCUGUCGUAGCCGGCUGCGACCGGGAGACCCAUGGAGCGGCGCACAAUUGGCCCAGCGUCGUCCAGGGUAGGGGAGGGAAUGGCCGGCAGGGUUGUAACUCAGUUGGUAUAGCAUGGCGUUUGCAACGGCAGGGUUGUGGGUUCGAUUCCCACGGGGGGCCAGUAUGAUAAAAUAAAUAAAUAAAAUAAUGUAUGCACUAACUGUAAGUCGCUCUGGAUAAGAGUGUCUGCUAAAUGAGUAAAAUGUAAAUAAUAAGCUUCUAACUUAUAGCCUCUGUCUCUUGCGCAAUACGUAUGCACCUGUGCUCUGCUGGCCUCUCUCCUUAAAAAACGCUCCGUAGCUCUUGGAGUCCCAUGCAGGAAAAGCUAGACUAGAAUACCUUGCUGGACAUCAUUUUUUUGUUGCAUUUCUUAUACCAAUAGACUAUUCGAACAGGGAUUCGAGCUCUUGUUUGUGAAUGUUAAAUACAGCAGCCAAAAUAACUCAGGGGUAGUCUGAAAGAAGAGCGAAGGUGCUAUGGUGAUAGGCUGUAGCAUUCAGACCCAUAACCAUUCAAUCUUCCUGAAGAGAAGUGAAAGCCUUCUGCAUCUAAUUCUAGUCCUAUAUUAUUCAAGGAUGUCAUUAGAAUGAUGAAGAUGAGGACAACCAAACCUAUUUAAUUUAACUGUUGAAAUGGAGGAAGGAAUGAAGCAACAAUAGAGAAAGAGGAGGUAGGCUAAUAACAUUAGGGGAAAUAUUAUGAAAGGUAUAUAUGCGUCAGCCUACUAAUUAGACAAAUUGGCCCUAUUAUAUUUCAAAAUUAAAAUCAAAUUCGCUAGCCUAUACUUGUAACUUUGUAGGCCGCAUGUGCUGCACCAGAAUCGCAAGUUCUCUUCUGCUUUAUCAUGGUUUGAACGAUGUGCGUAAUUCCAGUCCGUAUAAUACGGUACAGUUAUACAGUCCACAGUCAAAAAGAUUAGCCUACUGGAGCUAGUUUCAUUUAUUUACCCAAGAGAGCAUAUAGCUAGCUACAUCUAUGGGCUUUUAUGUUUUUCUGUCGUGUGUAAUGUGCAAUAGCCUAUAUCAUAGAUGUAUUGGAUAAUGGCACAAUCAUUUGGGCUUGGGCUCAAAAUUCAAGCCUGAUGCCUUUUUAAUAUAGGGCUCAUAAAAAUGUAUUUAAUGUAUGGCUCAUCAGGCUCAGGUUGCAUCAGGCUUCAAUUUUCAAUCAAAGCUCUAAUCAAAUCCAGACAUAGGCCUGUUUAUAUGCUUUAUAAUGCUUUUGAAUGAAUGCUUUUCCAGUUUUGGCGGAAAAUACCAGGUUACCCGGGAGAAAAGUGAUUUAUUUUCGGGAUGGAACAUUUGUAAAAUACCGGGAAAAUAUUCAACCCUAACACACGCACACACACCCUCCUUAAUCAUGUGUAUGACUGUGUUUGUUUCCUGUAGCUACGAUAGCUGGUUGUCCUCCAGUGACGUAGAGGGAGAGGUGCAGGAACCUCCACACACACACACACCUUGGAGGGUAAGAACAAACACACACACACACACACACACACACAGUUCUAUGACUAUUUCCCACAAAUGAUGAAUACGUGUGUGUGUACAGGUGCACGCAGGCUGGGUGUUGGAUACAGAGGUGUAUAAUGAGUGGAUGAACGAAGAAGACUACCUAGUAGAUGACAGAAAGGUUCCUCUCAUCCUCCGCCGGAGAGUCCAUGUCACAGACCAACAGGUGUGUGUGUGAGAUCCAGUGGCUCUGGGCUGCUUGUGGUGUGUGUGUUGCCCUCUGUCCUCUGUCUUUUUUUUUUACAGAGGCCUGUGUGAGCCACUUUCUUAGUUGGUACAUCUAUCAUCACUCCUCUCUCCCCCCUCUCUUCCUCCAUCAGGACCGUAAGUUUACUCCAGUGAAGAAGAGAAGACGCUCCCCCUCACCUCCCUCUUCCGAUGGCAAAAAGAAAGGAGGAAAGAAGAGGUAAGGUUUCUCUGUCUCCCUAGCUCCAGCCUUAUUCUCUACCUAUUGGCCCUCUCUCUCUAACCCUGACUUCUUCUCUCCCUAGUGGUGGGUCUAAGAGGCGUGGGCCGAAGGAGGAAGAGGAAGAGGUAGAGGAGGAUCUGACUAAAGAUAUGGAGGAUCCAACACCUGUCCCUAAUAUGGAAGAAAUUAUACUGCCUAAGAACGGUACACACACACACAAACACACACACACACACACACACAACAGAUGUUGUUAUUGACUUCUUGUGUCUCUCUGUCUGCAGUGAACCCGAAGAAGGACAGUGAGAAUACUCCUGUCAAAGGAGGGAUGAUGACUGACCUGGGUGAGUGAGAGCGAGAGGGAGUGUGUGUUUGUCUCUUUGUGUAUUUGUAUUUAUUAGGGAUCCUCAUUAGCUGUUACAAGGCAGCAGCUACUCUUCCUGGGGUCCAAACAUAUUAAAGCACUUACAUUACAUAUAAAACAAAAGAUAAAACAGUACAUCAUAUAACAUUAUUACACCACUACAUAUCUACAAUACAAAAUGUUUAAUACCACCAUACAACAAUAUCACAAUGUAUGCAUGUGUCUGUACCUUUUGUGUGUCUCUUCACAGUCCCCGCUGUUCCAUCAGGUGUAUUUUUACCUGUUUUUAAAAUCUGAUUUUACUGCUUGCAUCAGUUACCUGAUGUGGAAUAGAGUUCCAUGUAGUCGUGACUCUAUGUAGUACUGUGCGCCUACCAUAGUCUGUUCUGAACUUGGGGACUGUGAAGAGACCUCUGGUGGCAUGUCUUGUGGGGUGGGUGUAGUUAUGUAACUCAUUCUUCUUUUCUUCAGAUGAAAUUGAGGAUGACUCUCUGCUUCCUGGUGGAAGGGUAACAAUACAAUAUAAUUAUUUUAUUUAUAGAAUUCUUAUGAGGAAUUUAGUGUGUUUGUACCAUACACACCGAUAUAACAAUUGUGUGUGUGCAGGAGGAUGAGGAGGGCAGAGAGGGGCUGCGUCUAUCAGAUGGAGAAGACAACAUCACAGAACAAACUCACCACAUCAUCGUCCCAUCCUACACCGCCUGGUUCAACUAUAACUGGUGAGUACAAACACGUGUCACCCUCUCAAACACACAGGUACACACACACACACGUCAUCCUCUCAAACACACAGGCACACACGUAUUCAAAAUGAGUGUCUGUUUUAAACCAAACUGUGUUUAUAUGUUCCAGUAUUCACCAGAUCGAGAAACGAGCUCUACCAGAGUUCUUUAACGGACAGAACAAGUCCAAAUCUCCAGAGAUGUGAGUAACAAUUUCAGGUGUUGCUCAGGGUUCAGUGUUUGGACCCCUGCUGUUUACUUCAGACAUGAUUGUACCCCUAGGAGACAUAAUGAAUAAAUGAACACUGUGUGUGUGUAGAUACCUGGCAUACCGUAACUUCAUGAUUGACUCGUACCGGCUGAACCCCCAGGAGUACCUCAGCUCCACCUCCUGCAGACGGAACCUGACUGGAGACGUCUGCGCCGUCAUGAGGUGUGCUAUGAAGUUUAAACUACCACUUACUGUGUGUGUGUGUGUUGUGUAACAGUGUGUAUUCUAACUCUGUACCUCUGUGUGUGUAUUGUAACUGUGUGUGUAGGGUCCAUGCGUUGUUGGAGCAGUGGGGGUUAGUGAACUACCAGGUGGAUGCAGAAAGCAAACCUCUCCCUAUGGGACCCCCUCCCACCCCUCACUUCAACACACUGGCUGAUACACCCUCAGGACUGGCCCCGCUGCAGCACAGACCGCUACAGGUAACACACACACACACACACACACACACACACACACACAUUUAUGUAUAUAUAUAAAAGAACACUUACAGUGAAAUUAUUGAGGUACACAUUGACAGCCGGUAUGCUUGUUAUGAUCCUCUCAAAUCUUUCCACCUCCAUCCCUCUCUCUCCCCCUCCAUCCCUCUCUCUCCCCCUCCAGGUGUCCUCCUCCCAGCAGAUGUUGUUCUUCCCUGAGAGAAGUGUAGAGAAGCCCUCAGAAUCUCAGAACUUUGGCCUCAGAACAGACCUGUAUGCCAGGAAACACCCCAAGAGUAAAGGAGCCAGUUCAGGGAGGGAUUGGACAGAACAGGAGACCCUCCUACUGUUGGAGGUGAGCCAAUCAUCUCUCAGCUUAUCUUCCCUCUACUCAGUGAUGUAGUCAAGUCACUAGUCUGAGUCAUCACUUGUCGAGUCUCGAAAAUCGUGACUUGAUUCCGGGUCAAGUCUGACUCCUGGACUCGAGUACUACAACACUGUCCUAUCAGAAUGGUAUUUUCCCAUUUCAGACACUACCUGUUCUGGUCCCAGAAUCCAUAUUUCAACAAUUAGACUAAUUUCAAUGUUUCUAUGGCAAUGUAAAAAACAGAGGGUGAGGUACAAAACAUUCCAACUUCCAAAGGAAUCAGGUGGCCUAGGAUUACCAAACUUUAGGUGGUACUACUGGGUCACACAAUUGCAACCAAUGAUUACUUGGAUAAAAAAUUAAUCUGAAAAUAGAAAAAAAUCUAUGGUGGUGAAUAUGCAAUAGCAGUAGGACCUUUUCUGGGAAAGAAGAUAGACAGUGAUGGUAAGAACCUGUAAUCUAAGCAUCUGAUUUGGAAUAAGUACAACGCAGUCUCCAUCAGCCUAUGGCCAUAUCAUCCCUAACUGGUAUUGCAUAUCUUACUGAUUUCUCUCCAUUGUCACUAGAUUCAGGUUUUCAAAGGUGAUCAUUACUUCAUUUGCAAUAUGUACACUAAGUCUAUACCCCACCCAUAGAAAAACACCUACAGUGGGGAAAAAAAGUAUUUAGUCAGCCACCAAUUGUGCAAGUUCUCCCACUUAAAAAGAUGAGAGGCCUAUAAUUUUCAUCAUAGGUACACGUCAACUAUGACAGACAAAUUGAGAUUUUUUUUCUCCAGAAAAUCACAUUGUAGGAUUUUUAAUGAAUUUAUUUGCAAAUUAUGGUGGAAAAUAAGUAUUUGGUCACCUACAAACAAGCAAGAUUUCUGGCUCUCACAGACCUGUAACUUCUUCUUUAAGAGGCUCCUCUGUUCUCCACUCGUUACCUGUAUUAAUGGCACCUGUUUGAACUUGUUAUCAGUAUAAAAGACACCUGUCCACAACCUCAAACAGUCACACUCCAAACUCCACUAUGGCCAAGACCAAAGAGCUGUCAAAGGACACCAGAAACAAAAUUGUAGACCUGCACCAGGCUGGGAAGACAGAAUCUGCAAUAGGUAAGCAGCUUGGUUUUAAGAAAUCAACUGUGGGAGCAAUUAUUAGGAAAUGGAAGACAUACAAGACCACUGAUAAUCUCCCUCGAUCUGGGGCUCCACGCAAGAUCUCACCCCGUGUGGUCAAAAUGAUCACAAGAACGGUGAGCAAAAAUCGUGAGAUUUUGUGAGAUUUUGAGUGAAAACCUCCUUCCAUCAGCAAGGGCAUUGAAGAUGAAACGUGGCUGGGUCUUUCAGCAUGACAAUGAUCCCAAACACACCGCCCGGGCAACGAAGGAGUGGCUUCGUAAGAAGCAUUUCAAGGUCCUGGAGUGGCCUAGCCAGUCUCCAGAUCUCAACCCCAUAGAAAAUCUUUGGAGGGAGUUGAAAGUCCGUGUUGCCCAGCGACAGCCCCAAAACAUCACUGCUCUAGAGGAGAUCUGCAUGGAGGAAUGGGCCGAAAUACCAGCAACAGUGUGUGAAAACCUUGUGAAGACUUACAGAAAACGUUUGACCUGUGUCAUUGCCAACAAAGAGUAUAUAACAAAGUAUUGAGAAACUUUUGUUAUUGACCAAAUACUUAUUUUCCACCAUAAUUUGCAAAUAAAUUCAUUAAAAAUCCUACAAUGUGAUUUUCUGGAUUUAUUUUUCUCAUUUUGUCUGUCAUAGUUGACGUGUACCUAUGAUGAAAAUUACAGGCCUCUCUCAUCUUUUUAAGUGGGAGAACUUGCACAAUUGGUGGCUGACUAAAUACUUUUUUCCCCCACUGUAAUACUUAGAAAAGGGCAAAGAAAUGUAUUUAAUGGAAAAGAUCAUCCAUAAAAUUAAACUGCAAACAGAUAUAUAUGAAAAAAGAUUUGUUCCUAAAUAUUGUUUUCUUUAGUUGUUUAAUUGUAUAUUUAUUUGGUUUGUUGUGUACUUGUUUGUAUCUCAGAAUACCAGAACCUUAAUGAUAACCAUCAUGUUUACUUCACAAACACUAAUUAUACUAGUGACUGCACAUAGUACAGACGCAGUACUGAUACUCACUCCGCAGUGGUUGGAAAAGGGUUUGGGCUGGACAUGCAGCGACCCAGACCCUGCUGCUGUCGGAGAUCACAUAUACUGACUCAAGGUAGUUGGGAAUGGGUAGGGGAGCUGGACAAUAAUGAUGUUUUCACUACCUCUAUGACAAAUUGCUAUACUGUAAACUUAUGCUUGAAAACUAAUACACAUUUUCAGUACUAGUCAAAAAUGUGGACACACCUACUCACUAAUUCCAAGGUUUUUCUUUAUUUGUACUAUUUUCUACAUUGUAGAAUAAUAGUGAAGACAUCAAAACUAUGAAAUAACACAUAUGGAAUCAUGUACUAACCAAAAAAGUGUUAACACGAAUCAAAAUAUAUUUGAGUUCUUCAAAGUAGCCACCCUUUGCCUAGAUGACAGCUUUGCAUACUCUUGGCAUUCUCUCAACCAGCUUCAUUCACCUGGAAUGCAUUUCAAUUAACAGGUGUGCCUUCUUAAAAGUUAAUUUGUGGAAUUUAUUUCCUUCUUAAUGCAUUUGAGACAAUCAGUUGUGUUGUGACAAGGUAGGGGGGGUAUACAGAAGAUAGUCCUAUUUGGUAAAAUACCAAGUCCAUGUUAUGACAAGAACAGCUCAAAUAAGCAAAGAGAAACGACAGUCCAUCAUUACUUUAAGACAUGAAGGUCAGUCAAUACGGAAAAUUAAGAACUUUGAAAGUUUCUUCAAGUGCAGUCGCAAAACCCAUCAAGCGCUAUGAUGAAACUGGCUCUCAUGAGGACCGCCACAGGAAAGGAAGACCCAGAGUUACCGCUGCUGCAGAGGAUAAGUUCAUUAGAGUUAACUGCAGCUCAGAUUGCAGCCCAAAUAAAUGCAUCACAGAGUUCAAGUAACAGACACAUCUCAACAUCAACUGUUCAGAGGAGACUGCGUGAAUCAGGCCUUCAUGGUCGAAUUGUUGCAAAGAAACCACUACUAAAAGGACACCAAUAGGAAGAAGAGACUUGCUUGAGCCAAGGAACACGAGCAAUGGACAUUAGACCGGUGGAAAUAUGUGCUUUGGUCUGAUGAGUCCAAAUUUGAGAUUUUUGGUUCCAACCGCCUUGUCUUUGUGAGACGCAGAGUAGGUGAAUGGAUGAUCUCUGCAUCUGUGGUUCUCACCGUGAAGCAUGGAGGAGGAGGUGUGUGGGUGCUUUGCUGGUGACACUGUCUAUGAUUUAUUUAGAAUUCAAGGCACACCUUAACCAGCAUGGCUACCACAGCAUUCUGCAGCAAUACGCCAUCACAUCUGGUUCGCGCUUAGUGGGACUAUCAUUUUUCAACAGGACAAUGACCCAAAGUAUACCUCCAGGCUGUGUAAGGGCUAUUUGAUCAAGGAGAGGGAUGGAGUGCUGCAUCAGAUGACCUGGCCUCCACAAUCACCCGACCUCAAGCCAAUUGAGAUGGUUUGGGAUGAGUUGGACCGCAGAGUGAAGGAAAAGCAGCCAACAAGUGCUCAGCAUAUGUGGGAACUCCUUCAAGACUGUUGGAAAAGCAUUCCUCAUGAAGUUGGUUGAGAGAAUGCCAAGAGUGUGCAAAGCUGUCAUCAAGGCAAAGGGUGGCUACUCUAUUUUGAUUUGUUUAACACUUUCUUUUGGUUACUACAUGAUUCCAUAUGUGUUAUUUCAUAGUGUUGAUGUCUUCACUAUUAUUCUACAAUGUAGAAAAUAGUAAAAAUAAAGAAAACCCCUUGAAUGAGUAGGUGUGUCCAAACAUUUGACUGGUACUGUAAGUAAAAAAAGUUAUCUGGCCAAUAACAUUAUUUUCUCCCUCAUGCUUAUCCCUGUCUUAUUCUCAUCCUCUCCCUCCAUCUCAGGCGUUAGAGGUCUAUAGAGAUGACUGGAACAAGGUGUCAGAACACGUGGGGUCUCGUACCCAGGACGAGUGCAUCCUCCACUUCCUGCGCCUGCCAAUAGAAGACCCUUAUCUGGAGGACUCCGCCUCCUCUCUUGGCCCAUUGGCCUACCAGCCCGUUCCCUUCAGCCAAUCAGAGAAUCCGGUGAUGAGCACCGUGGCGUUCUUGGCGUCCGUGGUCGAUCCCCGAGUCGCCUCCGCUGCCGCCAAGGCUGCCCUGGGUAUGUGUUUGUGUGUGUUUGUUUUACUCCGUGUGUGUGUACGCGCGUUUGUGUUAACCCUGUCUCUGUCUCUCUGUAGAGGAGUUUUGUCGUGUGCGUGAGGAAGCUGACAAGGUUCUGGAGUUCCCUGCCCUCAAUGAGGCUGAGAAGGCAGGUAGGAGUCUGAAACACGGCAUAUAUAUAUAUAUAUUACACACACACACACUCCUCAACCCUCAAACACUGCAGUAGAGAAUCCUUCCAUCACUCGCUCUCUCGCUCUCUCUCUCUCUCCCCCUCCCUCUCCUCUAGAUGUGAUGGAUGGUGAGAAGAUGGAGACUGAUUCUGGCUCCCAGCAGCCUCUGCAGGUGAGACCAGAAGUGACCUGUGGGGUCAGAGGAAGUGAGACAAGAAGUUACACUCUGGUGUUUCUGAGAAUCUGAUUGUCAGUGGGUGAUGAUUCAUUGUGUGUGUGUGUUCCAGGCGGAUAGACGGAAGGUUCUAGAGCCCAGUGGAGGCGAGAGAUCAGUAGAGGGAGAACGAGAGAAGAGAGAGAAUGCUGAAAUGACAGUCACAGAGGAGAGAGACGGCGAUAGCGGAGGGAACCGCAAGACAGGUGUGUGUGUAUCUCAUUCAUAUUGUUACAGACAAGAUGGUGUGUGAGAUGAUGUAUGUUAUAGAAGAUCUCCUUCUAUCUCUCUUUUAGACCGAGGGGAGAAGGAUGAGAUUGUGGGGCGAUGGAGGGAAGGAGAGCGGGAUGAAGGGAGGAGACUAGCAGAGCUGGAGUUGGUAGAUGGGACCGUUACCACGGCAGCAGCUGCUGCCCUGGGUGCCGCCGCUACUAAGGCUAAGGUAAACCCCGCCCACGACCCUCAAACCACCCUAUCGCUGCCCACUUACCCCACCCAUCAGCCAAUCCCUGUCUACUGCCCAUUAAACUCUUUUUCUUUCUACUGGCCUGUCACUACAGCCAUAACUUAGGACCUAGCCAAUCAAAUCCCCCCCACUCUCUCUUCCCCCUCCCCUUUUAUGUGAUCCAUUUAUUUUUAUUUUUAAGUUGAAACUUAUUUGAUAACUAUUAGAGAACUAUCUCUCUCACUCACACACUGAGUAUACCAAACAUUGGGAAUACCUUCCUAAUAUUGAGUUUGCCCUCAGAACAGCCUCAAUUCGUCGGGGCAUGGACUCGACAAGGUGUCGAAUACGUUCCACAGGGAUGCUGGCCCAUGUUGACUCCAAUGCUUCCCACAGUUGUCAAGUUGGCUGGAUGUCUUUUGGGUGGUGGACCAUUCUUAAUACACACAGGAAACUGUUGAGUGUGAAAAACCCAGCAGCAUUGCAGUUCUUGAUACAAACCGGUGCACCUGGCACCUACUACCAUACCCUGUGCAAAGGCACUUAAAUAUUUUGUCUUGCCCAUUCACCCUCUGAAUGGCACACAUACACAAUCCAUGUUUCAAUUGUCUCUCUUAAAAAUCAUUCAUUAACCUGUGUCCUGCCCUUCAUCUACACUCAUUUAAGUUGAUUUGACAAGUGACAUCAAUAAGGGAUCAUUGCUUUUACCUGGUCAGUCUGUCAUGGAAAGAAAUGUUUUGUAUAGGGCCACCUGAUUGUCGCAGUGGUCUAAGGCACUGCAUCGCAGUGCUAGCUGUGCCACUAGAGAUCCUGGUUCGAGUCCAGGCUCUGUCGCAGCCGGCCGUGCCGUGGGAGACCCAUGGGGCGGCGCAUAAUUGGCCCAGCGUCGUCCAGGUUAGGGGAGGGUUUGGCCGGCAGGGAUGUUCUUGUCCCAUCGCGCACUAGCACGCACUGUGGCGGGCCGGGCGCAGUGCACGCUGACUCAGUCGCUAGGUGUACGGUGUUUCCUCCGACACAUUGGUGCGGCUGGCUUCUGGGUUAUGCGGGCACUGUGUCAAGAAGCAGUGCGGCUCGGUUGGGUUGUGUUUCGGAGGACGCACGACUCUCGACCUUCGCCUCUCCCGUGUCCGUACGGGGGUUGCAGCGAUGGGACAAAGACUGUAACUACCAAUUGGAUACCACGAAAUUGGGGAGAAAAAGGGGGUAAAAUUCCUGCAAAGAAAAAUAAUAUAUAUUUUUGGAAAUGUUUUGUGUUCUCAGUGUACAGCAUGUGGAUACAGUAAUUCUCUCUCUUGCCCUCCUCUCUCUCUCUCUAGCACCUAGCAGCGGUAGAGGAGCGGAAGAUCAAGUCUCUAGUGGCUCUGCUGGUGGAGACUCAGAUGAAGAAGCUGGAGAUCAAACUGAGACACUUUGAGGAGCUGGAGACCAUCAUGGACCGAGAGAAAGAGGCUGUGAGUAUACAGAGCUAGAUCUAGCCUAUUGGGAUCUAGUUUGGGGGAUCUACUAAACAUUAAUUUGGGUAUUUCAUAAUGGUUCCUUCUCAAUGUAAUGUUUGUGUGUGACCCUCUCCCUCUCUUCCCCUGCCCCUCUCUCACUGUGUGUGUAGUUGGAGCAACAGCGUCAGCAGCUGUUGUCAGAGCGACAGAGUUUCCACUCUGAGCAGCUGAAACACGCAGAGAUGAAGAUUAUCCAGCAGAGAGGGCAGCAAGCACCAUGCACUCUACAACACACAGGUCUGUAGGCAUGCACGCACAUCAGCACGCGCAUACACACACGUUGUAACAUCCAUCUCUCACCUCUCCUUUAGGCCAGUCCAUGCCCAGCCAGAUGAUGCCUACUGGGGGAAACUCUCUCACCAUGGCCCCCCGACACCCUGGAGCUCCCAACGGCAUGUGUGAGUACCCUCACCUCUGACCCCUGACCUCUAACUCCAACCUCACACUGCCCCAAACAUGCCCUUACCUCUGGAAAAUGUGCACAAAAAAAUGUAAACAUAUUGAGCGUGUUUACAAUGUAUUCGGGAAAGUAUUCAGACUUUUUCCACAUUUUGUUACGUUACAGCCAUAUUCUAAAAUGGAUUAAAUAGUUAAUUUUUUAUUCUCAUCAAUCUACACACAAUACCCAAUUAUGACAAAGCAAAAACAGGUUUUUAGAAAUGUUUGCUAAUUUAUAAAAAAUAAACUGAAAUAUCAUAUUCACAUAAGUAUUCAGACCCUUUACUCAGUACUUUGUUGAAGCACCUUUGGCAGCGAUUACAGCCUCGAGUCUUCUUGGGUAUGACGCUACAAGCUUGGCACACCUGUAUUUGGGGAGUUUCUCCCAUUCUCCUCUGCAGAUCCUCUCAAGCUCUGUCAGGUUGGAAGGGCAGCGUUGCUACACAUCUAUUUUCCGGUCUCUCCAGAGAUGUUCAAUCGGGUUCAAGUCCGGGCUUUGGGUGGGCCACUCAAGGACAUUCAGAGACUUGUCCCAAAACCACUCCUGCGUUGUCUUGGCUGUGUGCUUAGGGUUGUUGUCCUGUUGGAAGGUGAACCUUCGCCCCAGUCUGAGAGCACUGGAGCAGGUUUUCAUCAAGGAUCUCUCUGUACUUUUCUCUGUUCAGCUUUCCCUCGAUCCUGACUAGUCUCCCAGUCCCUGCCUCUGAAAGAAAUCUCCACAGCAUGAUGCUGCCACCACCAUGCUACACCGUAGGGAUGGUGCCAGGUUUCCUCCAGACGUGACGCUUGGCAUUCAGGCCAAAGAGUUAAAUCUUGGUUUCGUCAGACCAGAGAAUCUUGUUUCUCAUGGUCUGAGAGUCCUUUAGGUGCCUUUUGGCAAACUCCAAGUGGGCUGUCAUGUGCCUUUUACUGAGGAGUAGCUUCCAUCUGGCCACUCUACCAUAAAGGCCUGAUUGGUGGAAUGCUGCAGAGAUGGUUGUCCUUCUGGUAGGUUCUCCCAUCUCCACAGAGGAACUGGAGCUCUGUCAGAGUGACCAUCGGGUUCUUGAUCACCUCCCUGACCAAAGCCCUUAUCCCCCGAUUGCUCAGUUUGACCGGGCGGCCAGCUCUAGGAACAGUCUUGGUGGUUCCAAACGUCUUCCAUUUUAAGAAUUAUGGAGGCCACUGUGUUCUUCGGGACCUUCAAUCUUGCAGAAAUGUUUUGGUACCCUUCCCCAGAUCUGUGCCUCGACACAAUCCUGUCUCAGAGCUCUACGGACAAUUCCUUCGACCUCAUGGCUUGGUUUUUGACAUGCACAGUUAACUGUGUGACGUUAUAUAGACAGGUGUGUGCCUUUCCAAAUCAUGUCCAAUCAAUUGAAUUUACCACAGGUGAACUCCAAUCAACAGGAUGCACCUGAGCUCAAUUUCGAGUCUCAUAGCAAAGGGUCUGAAUACUUAUGUAAAUAAGGUAUCUGUUUUUUAUUUGUAAUACAUUUGCUAACAUUUCUAAAAACCUGUUUUUGCUUUGUCAUUAUGGGGUAUUGUGUGUAGAUUGAUGAAGAAAAAAUAUUUUCCAAAUGCACUGUAUGUUGACUUAGUAAUGCAGACAAAAGUUGACGCUUGAAGUUUGGGGAGGUGUAUCUGCCACAGCCAAACGUCGUUGUGGUUUUCCAACAGCAAGCCCCAGAUCAACAUGGCAGUGUCAACAUAGCUGCCAUUAUUUAUAAAAUAUUUUCUUUAUAAGGUCAAAAUAAACUUGUCUCUACCCCCAGUAUCACAAACUAAAAACAUAACGUGUACAAUUAAUUGGUUAGAGAAAUGUCACAAAUAUUACAUUCAUUUGUAUCCACUGUGGCUUUUGAAUCUCAGCAAAGUUGGUUCCUGUUUUAGUCACAGCUUUGGUCAAGCAAAAACACCUUAAUUGACUAUAGUGCCUUCCACAAUGCAAGCAAUGGCUACAUGUCCUUUGAUCUUAUGGAGUUUGUAAAGUUCAUGCAGUUGACAUCAAAUCACAUUUUAUCUGUCACAUGCGCCGAAUACAACAGGUGUAGGUAGACCUUAAAGUGAAAUUAAGAAAGAAUACAAAAAAAACACACAGAAAAAUACAGUAUAAAAUAAUACGAAAUAAAAGUAACAAAUAGUUAAAGAGCAGCAGUAAAAAUAACAAUAGCGCGGCUAUAAACAGGGGGUACCAGUUAGUCUAGGUAAUUGAGGUAAUCUGUACAUGUAGGUAGAGUUAUUAAAGUGACUAUGCAUAGAUAAUAGAGAGUAGCAGCAGCAUAAAAGUCAAUGCAAAUAGUCUGGGUAGCCAUUUGAUUAGAUGUUCUGGAGGCUUAUGGCUUGGGGGUAGAAGCUGUUUAGAAGCCUCUUGGACCUAGACUUGGCGCUCCGGUACCGCUUGCCGUGCGGUAGCAGAGAGAACAGUCUAUGACUAGGGUGGCUGGAGUCUUUGACAAUUUUUAGGGCCUUCCUCUGACACCGCCUGGUAUAGAGGUCCUGGAUGGCAGGAAGCUUGGCCCCAGUGAUGUACUGGGCCGUAUGCACUACCGUCUGUAGUGCCUUGCGGUCGGAGGCCGAGCAGUUGCCAUACCAGGCAGUGAUGCAACCAGUCAGGAUGCUCUCGAUGGUGCAGCUGUAGAACCUUUUGAGGAUCUGAGGACCCAUGCCAAAUCUUUUCAGUCUCCUUAGGGGGAAUAGGUUUUGUUGUGCCCUCUUCACAACUGUCUUGGUGUGCUUGGACCAUGUUAGUUUGGUGAUGUGGACACCAAGGAACUUGAAGCUCUCAACCUGCUCCACUACAGCCCCGUCGAUGAGAAUGGGGGUGUGCUCGGUCCUCUUCUUUUUCCUGUAGUCCACAAUCAUCUCCUUUGUCUUGAUCAUGUUGAGGGAGAGGUUGUUGUCCUGGUACCACACUUCCAGGUCUCUGACCUCCUCCCUAUAGGCUGUCUUGUCGUUGUCGGUGAUCAGGCCUACCACUGUUGUCAUCAGCAAACUUAAUGAUGGUGUUGGAAUCGUGCCUGGCCAUGCAGUCAUGAGUGAACAGGGAAUACAGGAGGGGACUGAGCACGCACCCCUGAGGGGCCCCCGUGUUGAGGAUCAGCGUGGCGGAUGUGUUGUUACCUACCCUUACCACCUGGGGGCGGCCCGUCAGGAAGUCCAGGAUCCAGUUGCAGAGGGAGGUGUUUAGUCCCAGGGUCCUUAGCUUAGUGAUGAGCUUUGAGGGCACUAUGGUGUUGAACGCUGAGCUGUAGUCAAUGAAUAGCAUUCUCACAUAGGUGUUCCUUUUGUCCAGGUGUGAAAGGGCAGUGUGGAGUGCUAUAGAGAUUACAUCAUCUUUGGAUCUGUUGGGGCGGUAUGCAAAUUGAGGUGGGUCUAGGGUUUCUAGGAUAAUGGUGUUGGUGUGAGCUAUGACCAGCCUUCCAAAGCACUUCAUGGCAACAGACGUGAGUGCCAAGGGUCGGUAGUCAUUUAGACAGGUUACCUUAGUGUUCUUGGGCAAAGGGACUAUGGUGGUCUGCUUGAAACAUGUUGGUAUGACAGACUCAGACAGGGAGAGGUUGAAAAUGUCAGUGAAGACACUUGCCAGUUGGUCAGCGCAUGCUCGGAGUACACGUCCUGGUAAUCCAUCUGGCCCUGCGGCCUUGUGAAUGUUGACCUGUUUAAAGGUCUAUCUCACAUCGGCUACGGAGAGUGUGAUCACACAGUCGACCGGAACAGCUGAUGCUCUCAUGCAUGUUUCAGUGUUACUUGCCUUGAAGCGAGCAUAGAAGUAAUUUAGCUCGUCUGGUAGGCUCGUGUCACUGGGCAGCUCGCGGCUGUGCUUCCCUUUUGUAGUCUGUAAUAGUUUGCAAGCCCUGCCACAUCUGAUGAGCAUCGGAGCCGGUGUAGUACGAUUCGAUCUUAGUCCUGUAUUGACGCUUUGCCUGUUUGAUGGUUCGUCGGCGGGCAUAGCAGGAUUUCUUAUAAGCUUCCGGGUUAGAGUCCCACUCCUUGAAAGCGGCGGCUCUACCCUUUAGCUCAGUGCGGAUGUUGCCUGGAAUCCAUGGCUUCUGGUUGGGGUAUGUACGUACAGUCACUGUGGGGAUGACGUCAUCAUCGAUGCACUUAUUGAUGAAGCCAGUGACUGAUGUGAUGUACUCCUCAAUGCCAUCGGAAGAAUCCCGAAACAUAUUCCAGUCUGUGCUAGAAAAACAGUCCUAUAGCUUAGCAUCUGCUUCAUCUGACUAGGAGUGCCGCCUCUGGAUGAGCGUUUUCCUGUUUGCUUAUGGCCGUAUACAGUUCAUUGAGUGCGGUCUUAGUGCCAGCAUCGGUUUGUGGUGGUAAAUUAACAGCUACGAAGAAUAUAGAUAGUGUGGUCUACAGCUUAUCAUGAGAUACUCUACCUCAGGCGAGCAAAACCUAGAGACUUCCUUAGAUAUCGUGCACCAGCUGUUGUUUACAAAUAUACAUAGACCGCCACCCCUUGUCUUACCAGAGGCUGCUGUUCUAUCCUGCCGAUACAGUGUAUAACCCGCCAGCUGUAUGUUAUUCAUGUCUUCGUUAAGCCACGACUCGGAGAAACAUAAGAUAUUAGUUUUUAAUGUCCUGUUGGUAGGAUAUUCGUGCCUGUAGUUUGUCCACUUUAUUAUCAAGUGAUUGUAAGUUGGCCAAUAGUAUCGAUGGCAAAGGCAGAUUAGCCACUCGUCGCCGGCUCCUUACCAAGCACCCCGAUCUUCUUCCGCGAUAUCUCCUUUUCUUUCUUUCUACUGCGAAUGACUGGGAUGAGGGCUCUGUCGGGUGACAGGAGCAAAUCCCUCUCGUCCGACUCAUUAAAGAAAAAUUAUUAGUCCAGUUCAAGGUGAGUAAUCGCUGUUCUGAUGUCCAGAAGCUCUUUUCGGUCAUAAGAGACGGUAGCAGCAACAUUAUGUACAAAAUAAGUUACAAACAAUGAGAAAAAACACACAAAAUAGCACAGUUGGUUAAGAGUCCAUAAAACUGCAGCCAUCCCCUCCGGCGCCAUCUUCUGCAUGUAGGCGCAAGUCUGACAAUUUGUAUCCACAUAAUGCAACACACUUUUUGAAAGGCGGUGACCAACGCUGUUAAUUAACUGCAUAAAACUGAUCCACUGGAACGCACCCACUCAUGUAUUUUCUUCUUCUCUUCUGUCAGACCCACCAGCACAGCCUGAUGGGAUAGCUCCGACCCAGCCGGGUCUUCCAACCACAGCCAUACACAGCCGGGGAGCAGAAACAUGAGACACACACACCUUGACCCCAGUCACACACACUCCAGGUCUCUUACGAAUACACACAGUACAUAUUUUAAAUACUUUAUUUGGAUCCACAGUAAGACAUUAUGUCAAGGUCAUACAAAUGCUUGGACAGGCGGUCAUGGAAGCCAAAUCUAAUCUUCACAUUGGACAGGUUCUCAUGUGA